AUGGAAUUGAUUGCGGAAACUUUGCUGUUGAUGAGAAAUCUUGGCCGAUGCGAAAGAGUUUCGUUCAUGUUGGGUGGUCGUAGCGAAAUGAAAACAAAAACGAAGCGAAAAAAAAAACACAAACGAAUCAGCAGACAACUUAUGAGAAAAUCUCAAAAUAAAAUUGAAGAAAAAAAUUUCUUAGCUUACGGCAAUGCUUAUGCUGAAAUGGCAAAAUGUUAA